AUGGCGUCGUCUCCCGAGCGCGCCGGGACGGAAGGCGACGGCGAUCAGAAACAGGGAUCCGGGGCCAUCACGGUGACCUUCUUCACGACGGGCACCGUUCAGAUCCGGCCGCAGAUGAGAAGCCAGCCGAUAUCGAACCAGUGGGUCCUCGGCCGACGGCUGCGGUCCUUUUUCGAUCGCGGGUGGACUGACCCCUUGCCCAUCGGGGUCUUCCUCGUCUCCCACCCGGACGGCCCGAUCCUCUUCGACACGGGCGAGUCGCCCCGCCGCAACGAGCCGGGGUUCGUUCCCGGGUGGCUGCCCAUCAACCUGCUCGCGCGCACCACCAUCUCGCGCGAAGACGGCGUCGUCGCCCAGCUGCGGUCGCGCGGCAUCGAGCCGUCGGCGCUCCAGGCCGUUGUCAUCAGCCACCUCCACGGCGACCACGCGGGCGGGCUCCAGGAGCUGGUCGCCGCCGCGCCGGACGUGCCCGUCUACGUGAGCCGGGAGCACUGGGACUUUGUGACGGGCACCAACUCCCUCCAUGCCAAGACCCAGGGGUUCGACCGGAGCCACUGGCCCGCCAACUUCAAGCCCCGGUUCCUCGAGCCCCUGGGGGGGCCGGUCGGGCCGUGGAAGCAGUCGGCCAAGAUCACGGCGGACGGGAGGGUGCUGGCCGUGGACACGCCGGGCCACGUGCCCGGACACAUCUCGGUCAUCGUUCAGGGCGACGGCGACGGCGGGCGUGGCACGACCUAUCUUCUGGCGGGUGACGCCACGUACGGGACCGAUUUUCUGGACCGGGAAGAACCCGACGGCAUCAACGACGACCCCAAGACGGCGCUCAAGAGCUUGAUGCUCAUCAAGGAGUUCGCGCGCGAGACCGAGCUGGUGGUGCUGCCCAGCCACGAUGCCGCCGUGGAGCGGCUGCUAAAGGAUCGGGUCGUCUAUAAGCCCAAGCCAUAA